AUGGCCGCGUCCACCCUGUCCGUCUGCUCCAGCGACCUGAGCUACGGCAGCCGCGUCUGCCUGCCCGGAACCCCUGACUCCUGCCCCGGCUCCUCCUGGCAGGGGGGCGACUGCCCAGAGAGCUGCUGCGAGCCCCCCUGCUGCGCCCCCAGCUGCUGCACCCCCGCCCCCUGCCUGACCCUCCUCUGCACCCCUGCGAGCUGCGUGUGCAGCCCGUGCCAGCCAGCCUGCACCAGCUCCUGCGGCACCUCCUCCCCCUGCCAGGGAGCCUGCUGCACCCCUGUCUGCUGCACCCCUGUGUGCUGCAAGCCCGUCUGCUGCACCCCUGUCUGCUGCACCCCUGUGUGCUGCAAGCCCGUCUGCUGCACCCCUGUCUGCUGCACCCCUGUGUGCUGCAAGCCCGUCUGCUGCACCCCUGUGUGCUGCACCCCUGUGUGCUGCAAGCCCGUCUGCUGCACCCCUGUCUGCUGCAAGCCCGUCUGCUGCACCCCUGUGUGCUCCGGGUCCACCCCCUGCUGCCAGCCCAGCCCCUGCUGCAGACCCCCCUCCUCCAUGUCCCUGCUCUGCCGCCCCGUGUGCAAGCCCGCCUGCUGCGCCCCUGCCUCCUGCUGCUGCGCCCCUGCCUCCUGCUGCCGCCCGGCCCCCUGCGUGUCCCUGCUCUGCCGCCCCGCGUGCCCCCGCCCCGCCUGCUGCGGCCAAGCUGGCCCCGGCCUCCAGGUCACAGCUCUGACUUCUCCAGCCCCCACCCCCAACUCCAUCCCCCUGCACCUUGGCUCUCUGUCCGGACACGUCCAGCCUCUCCUGGGCUCCAGGCCACAUUUCUGGCAACUGGUCCCUUGUUUGCUAAAUGACACUGGGCAGGUAGAAGAGGCCGCCCUUGCAGGAAGACGAUGGGGACUCCAGGACUCCGAGAAGACCCUGCCUCCCAGGGCCCGGCCUCACCGCGACGGCCAGGGCAGGCGGGGGAGCCCCCGGCGCCGAGGGCAGUGUGGUCCGUCCCCUCCCCGGAGCCCUGCGGUGCGGACCUGGCAGGUCUGUGCGGGAAGAGCCAGCACGGACCCCCUGGGCCCCCCAGGGAGCGCAGGCCUGUGCAGGGGGCUCUGCACGGGCCUGUGCACGGUCUCCCGUGAGAGGAAGCCCCAGCGGGUGCUGGACAAGGCCGUCCAGUUCAGCCGGACCGAUGUCCCGGAAACCCAGGCUCCCCCCACCCCCACCAUGGCCGCGUCCACCCUGUCCGUCUGCCCCAGCGACCUGAGCUACGGCAGCCGCGUCUGCCUGCCCGGGGCCCCUGACUCCUGCCCUGACUUCUCCUGGCAGGGGGGCGACUGCCCAGAGAGCUGCUGCGAGCCCCCCUGCUGCGCCCCCAGCUGCUGCACCCCCGCCCCCUGCCUGACCCUCCUCUGCACCCCUGCGAGCUGCAUGUGCAGCCCGUGCCAGUCAGCCUGCACCAGCUCCUGCGGCACCUCCUCCCCCUGCCAGGGAGCCCGCUGCACCCCUGUGUGCUGCAAGCCCAUGUGCUGCACCCCUGUGUGCUGCAAGCCCGUCUGCUGCACCCCUGUGUGCUCCAGGUCCACCCCCUGCUGCCAGCCCAGCCCCUGCUGCAGACCCCCCUCCUCCAUGUCCCUGCUCUGCCGCCCCGUGUGCAAGCCCGCCUGCUGCGCCCCUGCCUCCUGCUGCCGCCCAGCCCCCUGCGUGUCCCUGCUCUGCCGCCCCGCGUGCCCCCGCCCCGCCUGCUAA